AUCACAUUUUUCUCCCUGACUGCUAAAAACUCAGCAACCUCUAUGUUAAAAGUUCAUUCUGCUUUUUUGCCCUUGCCUUGGAGAAAAAAAUCAAAUCAGACAAAGGAUUCUCCUGAAAUUGUGAAGGAAGGAAGUAUAAGGAAGCCACCGCAGUUCUUUAACUACUAUUGUAAUAAUGGGAGAAAAAAAGCCAACCAAAGAAGCCCAGCACGUACGCCAGCCUGUGACAGAGCAUGGGGACGUAAAGCUGAAUGGUGAGCAGAGCCUGUAACUCGGUUUUUCGGCACUUCAUAUGCUACGAGUUCCAGCUUAGACAUGGAUAUUCUCUGUGAAGAAAACACUUCUCUGAGCUCAACUACAAACUCCUUAAUGCAAUUAAAUGAUGACACAAGGCUCUACAUCGACUUUAACUCCGGAGAAGCUAACACUUCGGAUGCGUUUAACUGGACAGUGGACUCAGAAAAUCGAACCAACCUUUCCUGUGAGGGCUGCCUGUCACCACCCUGCUUCUCCUUACUUCAUCUCCAGGAAAAGAACUGGUCUGCUUUGUUGACAACUGUAGUGAUUAUUCUAACCAUUGCUGGAAACAUACUCGUCAUCAUGGCAGUGUCUCUAGAGAAAAAGCUGCAGAAUGCCACCAACUAUUUCCUGAUGUCACUUGCCAUAGCUGAUAUGCUGCUGGGUUUCCUUGUCAUGCCCGUGUCCACAUUAACCAUCCUUUAUGGGUACCGGUGGCCUCUACCUAGCAAGCUCUGUGCCAUCUGGAUUUACCUGGAUGUUCUCUUCUCCACGGCCUCCAUCAUGCACCUGUGCGCCAUCUCCCUGGAUCGCUAUGUUGCCAUCCAGAACCCCAUCCAUCACAGCCGAUUCAACUCCAGAACUAAGGCAUUUCUGAAAAUAAUUGCUGUUUGGACUAUAUCAGUAGGUAUAUCUAUGCCAAUACCAGUCUUUGGGCUCCAGGAUGAUUCGAAGGUCUUUAAGGAAGGAAGUUGCUUACUCGCUGAUGAUAACUUUGUCCUGAUUGGCUCUUUCGUGUCCUUUUUCAUUCCCUUAACCAUCAUGGUGAUCACCUACUUUCUAACCAUCAAGUCGCUCCAGAAAGAAGCUACUCUGUGUGUGAGUGAUCUUGGAACACGGGCCAAAUUAGCUUCUUUCAGCUUCCUGCCUCAGAGCUCCCUGUCUUCAGAAAAGCUCUUCCAGCGGUCCAUCCACAGGGAGCCAGGCUCCUACGGCAGGAGGACUAUGCAGUCCAUCAGCAACGAACAGAAGGCUUGCAAGGUGCUGGGCAUCGUCUUCUUUCUGUUUGUGGUGAUGUGGUGCCCCUUCUUCAUCACCAACAUAAUGGCCGUCAUCUGCAAAGAGUCCUGCAACGAGGAUGUCAUCGGAGCCCUGCUCAAUGUGUUCGUUUGGAUCGGUUACCUCUCCUCAGCGGUCAACCCUCUAGUGUACACACUGUUCAAUAAGACCUACAGGUCGGCCUUUUCCAGGUAUAUUCAGUGUCAGUACAAGGAAAAUAAAAAACCACUGCAGUUAAUUUUAGUGAACACUAUCCCAGCCUUGGCCUACAAGUCUAGUCAACUCCAGAUGGGACAAAGAAAGAAUUCAAAGGAAGGUGCCAAGACGACAGAUAACGACUGCUCUAUGGUUGCUCUAGGAAAACAACAUUCAGAAGAUGCUCCUACAGAUAAUACCAACACAGUGAAUGAAAAGGUUAGCUGUGUGUGAUGGACUGGUUGCCAUGGCAACUGUGGAGGGCACACUGAGCAAUCUCCCCCCUAUCUGGGAGGAAAAAGAAACAAGAAAAGAAAAUAGGGACACUGGAAAAGAUUAGGCCAGUCUAAUGGAAUCAACAAUAAUAUCUAUAUGUCUCAUUUUAUUAUGUCAGUGAUAAGCAGGGUUCAAUGCCACAAAACGUGCACUUCAAAAAUAUUCUGACAGCAUUUCAGCUGUGAGCUUUAUGAUAUUAUUUUUAACAUUGUAAAUUAUAUGUCUUUAAAAUAAUUAGCUUUUAUUGUAUAAUUACAAUGAGGCCAUAAAUAAAUCUAAAUUUUCUUCUAUUUGCAAGUGAAAGCCUUGCCACUAUGUUG